AUGUCUAUGAGUGAAGAAGGGAGCAUAUUCGAUGGCUAUUUGAGUACGGAGCGCUCAGGCCAAGAGCAGAUCGGCCUCGGAACGAACAAUCGCGCCGCUAGAUGGCGCGGUGGUGAAAUGGACUCGGCCCGGUGCGGGGCAUUAGGCACGGAUCGGAGUUAUUUUAUUGACGGAAGCCGAUUCCCAUUAACGAGGCUACCGGGCGAGCUGCACCGCUCACAUAAACUGCGCUAUCGCACUGCGCACCGCACUACAGGCUGUCCCAUUAGCUCUCAUCCCGUUUUCAAAGAUAAUACUUCGAAGCUGGCAAUGAGGAUGUUUUUAAAUAACCCCCUUUACACU